AAUCAAACGUGUAAUUCUGGUUCAGGAAUGGCUGCGGGAGACGUCGUCUAUCAGCUGAAGAUCGGCAACAUUGAGAUCUUAAUGAUUGCGAUGGCGUUUGGCAGCGGUAUUGCCGCAGCUUUUAUGAUUGUCGGACACAUUUCCGGCGCUGUGUUUAAUCCGGCAGUUUGUGUCGCUUUGGCCACAAUGAAUAGAUUCCCACCGAAAAAACUAAUACAUUAUAUUUUGGGUCAAUAUUUGGGUGCCUUCUGUGCCUCAGCGACGCUUCACUUGUAUUUCUGGCCGCACAUGAAGACCGACACAGGAGUCGACCAAACAAAGCAGUUAUUGAACGCCUUAUUUGUGACGACUCCUCACAUUAAUAUCAAUUUUCUUACGGCUUGUUUCGACGGCUUUCUCUCGUGUUUCAUACUUAUGAUCAUAAUUAUGGCUAUCAGUGACCAGAAAACCAAUGCCAUACCCCACAUGAUUGAGCCCAUCUAUAUUGUCAUAUGCUUUUUUCUGGGAUUGUCUGGAGUUCUUCUAUUAGAACUCUUCCCGUCAAAAGCAAUUAAUUUAUACGACAAUUGUGUUGGCAAUCAAACAUGUGUUUCGGGUUCAGGAAUGGCUGCGGGAGACGCCGUCUAUCAGCUGAAGAUCGGCAACACUGAGAUCCUCGUCAUUGCGUUGGCGUUUGGCAGCGGUGUUACGGCAGCCUUUAUGAUUGUCGGACACAUUUCUGGUAAUAAAUGA